GUUAAUGCACUUGAGACUUAGUACUGCUAUCCUAUAGAAUGCGUAUUGGAAGAGAAUCCACCCUUAUGACUGCCAGUGCACGCCACAACCCGAUGUCUCCGACGAUGGAUACGCCAUUGGCUUCACCGCCCGCCUGAAGACAAGAGUGGAGGCAUCAAGUCUUAAAACCACUUCCUAGGAAAACAGUCAUCACGCUGAGGUUCGAGAGAGACUGAUGUGAAUCCUCAACAACAUCUGAUAAAAGGAAAAAAUUAUAUUAAAAUCCCCAGACUGCCUUCUGCGUUCUUUCCUUCCAGACUUUCGCCACUGAACGCUUUUGCGAACGAGCGCGAGAAACCCGUCUAUUAUGGGUCGUUCCAGCAAGACCAAGGCGCGCCCCAGACGGCAGGUUAAUUUGAAAGCCAAUAUAGGACCAGAUGCAUAUGAAUUUACAAUGCAGCAAGAAGCGCGGAACACUGAAGGGCGUAAUCGAAACUGGUCAACAUCCCAGCUUCGACAUAAAGCUAUCAAAUUCGUUGGUGCGAACCGUCUGCCUUCAGAUAAACCCAAUGACAGCUGCGAGCAGCGGAAUGUGAUGUGCAAAGAGAGAGACACCGUGGAUAGGGAAGACGUGUCUGACAACCCUCUUUCUCCUGACGUAUCAGCCGAGAAUGGCACACAACCCAAAAUACCAGGCCCUGCUUCUCGGUUAUGCUCGCCUAGUAUUGAAGAGUCCAGCGAUGACGAAAUAAUAUUGUUUCAAGGACGGAAUCAACAUAAAAAUUCCACGCCUUUCUUUCGUGGACAGUCCAAGCCAGUCGGACGUGAAUCGAUGAGUGCUCUUAACCACCACCGGGACCUAAAAUCGGGAACAGGAGCAGGACCCGAGGGUCCUGCAAGGUCUUGCCUCGAUGUCGCAGACACAACUGGCUCGCCGUCAUCCAAUCUUCAUAUGUCAAAUCUUCGGUCACAAUUGAGCCACUCGACAUCCAUGAAUGACGAUGAAGAUAAGGCUGAUGCGGAUUAUAUAGUUUUUCGACCGACCUCUAUCGGUAGACGAAAGCAAAGUAUCCUGUCUGGAGAUGAUGUUGAUAUCUUGGCUGACUAUAUAGAGAAUAUCGACAAGGACUAUACGGAAUAUGCCACCCUAUCCGUGAAAUUCGCGGAGUCGGAGGAUGCCAAGGCCAGGCAACCUGAGACACGGUCACUGCCGCUAACCUCUGGUGAUUCUUCGAAUGCGGAUUAUCCUGACUCGAUACAGGUAAACAAUACCGAGCAGCAAACCGAUCAGCCAUACAACGGAUCCUGUGGAGAUUGGACAAGCCAGCUGGGCGAGCUCGAUAACUACUUGGAUUCGACUACAGACUUCGAUGAUAUUUUUCUCUCCAAUAUCGAAGUAGAUUUACAGAAUCUGGGGGAUUCGGAAUGCGAAGAGAAAGCGGAAUCUUCGGAUCGCCGCAGACAAGCCCGUGGCAAGUCAUGGAAAUUGCGGAAUGGAACUUAUUCAUCAGCGUUGUCUUUCGCAGACGCGCUGGAAUGCGACCCUUACUAUGGGCUCGAUAUCAUGGACUUUAACCGAGCUAGUCUUCGAAAGAAAACCAAGGGGAAGGAGUCUCCAUCUGACUUCGCUAUUUCCGACAGCGAGCUAGAAUUGGAAUUGAAGAAGGCAUGGCAAAAUGAUCGCAACAAGAAAAGGUCCAAGAAAAAGGAGAGGAACGAGCUUCGCUUGCAAGGGCUGCUAGGCCGAAGGUGCUCCAAUCCAGACCUCAAGUCUAAAUACCCCGAUGGCAUGAGGGUUGAAGACUUGAAGUUAGAAUUACGGGUGUUCCUUCUAUCAUCAAAAGAUAGGCAAGUCCACAACAGGGCGCGAUAGGCCAAUUGAUCACGCUGACCUCUCCCAGUUUGACCCUGCCUCCCAUGGAUAAGCAACGCAGAAAACUAGUCCAUGAUUUAGCAAAUGCCUUGUCCCUCAAAUCGCAAUCACGUGGAAAUGGGCGUUCUAGGUUUCCGGUUCUUUACAGAACGGCUCGCACUCCCAAGUAUACUUCAAAAACAGUAUCGCAUAUUGAGAAAAUAUUUUCAGGGUCGAAGUUCAUUCGUCAUGCUGCCAAGUCAUGGGAAAACCAGACCUCAAGCAAGUCUGUCAAGGCUCGUGGUGGUCGUGGUGGUCAUCCCGGAGCAUCCGUUUCAUAUACAGAUGGUGAUAUCGUCGGUGCAUCUGCUCCAGAAAUUGGCGCAGAAAAUAAAGGGCGUGCAAUGCUGGAGAAAAUGGGCUGGAGUACAGGAACUGCUCUUGGUGCCAUUAACAAUAAAGGCAUCCUACAGCCUGUGGCGCAUGUGGUGAAAAACACCAGGAUAGGUUUGGGAUGAGACCAUAGCAGAGUCUUGGCCUGUUCUUCCUUUCCAAAAGAAAUUAAAUCAAAUAAAAAUAAAACCCCACAUUCUGGGAAUUUUGGAAUAUUUCAUCUACUGAUGAUUUAGAUGUUUAAAGAAGCCCAUAUGACCCAUAUAAGUUUGACCCUGUGCAGAUC